UGAAUAUUUCACAAAAUAGUUGCAUUUAAAAUUAAAUUUAUUUUCGAUACUAUUAAAAUAUUAUGGUUUGACGACGAUUGGAAAUUGCAAUCAGACGAAUUAUUAGAAAUUGUUAUAACGUUAAUGAUAUCCUUAUCAAUAAACUGUGGAUUAUCUGUUCGAAAGUUUAUUCUCGAUUGGGGCAAUUUUAUAUCUGGCUUUAAGAGCCCUGUGCGAGGACCCCGUUCAGUUUUUUUGUGAUUGGCUGAAUGGUGCUCGGGACGCCUGUGAUUGGUGGUAGGAUUAGUGGUGUCUACGGCGUGCCUGAGAGGCGGGACUGAGAGGUAGAGCAGGUUAGUCCGUCAGUGAGCGAGUGGCGAGCGGAGAAGCAACAACUCCGGGUGCUGGGAGCGGAGUGGAUUCGCAGCGAGUCAGUGAACAGAGAAACCGAAUCGGGGGGGGGGGGAAAGAAGCACAUCUGGGUCGCACAUGGACAAGCUACAGCCAAGAUUGAUGUGAGCUUCUGGAGGAGUCUCCUCUCCUCCCAGAGGGAAGCUGCAAAAGGAAGAAAGAAGAGUCAGGCUGACGGCAAAGGCAGGAGUUGACAAACCGGAGAAUUGUGCGCAGCCAGCACCGGGAAAGGUACAGCUCGAUAAAGGGGAUACAGUCCUGUCAGGGAAACAUUCCUGUGGAUAAGGAUACAUUGCUGCCUUGACCCAGAGAGGGAGGGAGAAAGGGAUAGGAUUCGGACAGAGGGCUCUAACUCUGGAGGAACACGUAAAGAAUAUAGUUCGGGUAGAUCGCAUCGAGAGGGCGGUCCAGCCAUUGAAAGAUUCACGGAUUUCUCGGCGAUCUCCUUCUGACUUGCCUUACCUCAGCCUGGAGAAUGGCUAAAUGGGACUCGCCGUGGAAGUAUUACUGGGGAGUUAUGUUCGCACUGUGCAAGAGCGCCCUGCCCCUAGCCAAGAGUUUGGACCCUGUCUCCUGGCAUUCCCAGAACGCGAAGUUCCAAGCUGGAAAAGGCCUGGUAUUGUACCCAGAAAUUGGUGACAGACUGGAUAUAAUCUGCCCAAAACUGAACAAUCAAGGCCAAUAUGAAUAUUACAAGCUGUACCUAGUGACCAAGGACCAGGCGGAAUCAUGCAGAACUGUCAUCGACCCCCACUUGCUUGUCACAUGUAACAAACCUGAUAAGGAAAUAAAAUUCACUAUCAAAUUCCAGGAGUAUAGCCCCAAUUACAGGGGGCUAGAGUUCAAAAGGGGCCAGAAUUACUUCAUCAUCUCUACGUCCAAUGGGUCAUACGAAGGUUUGGAGAACAGAAAUGGUGGAGUGUGCAAAACUCGAUCCAUGAAAAUAAUUAUGAAAGUUGGACAAGAUCCAAACACAAGACCACCGUUGAAAGAAAAAGAUCCUACCAAAGCACCAGGUAAAGGCCAAGACAACACAAUGAAGAACGUUGUCUCCCUCUGGAAAGAGUCAUCUUCAGAAGAGAAAUCUGGGAACACAGCAACCGAUAGUCAGAUUAAAGAUAAGCUGAACAACAGUGAAGGAAUCUUUGGCUCCAAAAUGGCACUCUUCGCAGCAAUUGGAGCAGGAUGCAUCAUUUUUAUCCUCAUCAUCAUCUUCCUUGUGGUCCUCUUAAUAAAAUUUAGAAAGCGACAUAGGAAGAGUUCCCAGCAGAGGUCAGCAGUCCUUUCCCUCAACACGUUGGCCAGCCCAAAGUGUAGUGGAAAUAGUGGCUCAGAACCCAGUGACAUCAUAAUUCCGCUGAGGACUAAUGACAACAACUACUGUCCUCACUAUGAAAAAGUCAGUGGUGACUAUGGCCAUCCAGUGUACAUUGUUCAAGAGAUGCCUCCACAGAGCCCUGCAAAUAUCUACUAUAAGGUUUGACAUCCAAGACACAAGAGAAUUUGGAGUGUUGCCUGGCCUGCUUAAUGAUAUCUAAAGCUUCUCCCAAAACGUACAGACUUACCAUAUACAAAAUGUCUCUGGGAGAGUAUAGAUAAAACUAUGACAGUGGCCAUCAAGGAAGAUUUCAGUAUUAAGUUCAGCAAACUUGUGUUUUAAAAAAAAAGAGAAAAAAGAAAAAAAAAAGAAAAAUGGAAGAUGACUUUUUCUUUGCUCCAAAGGAGGCUGAAGAAUGGCUACUCCUGAUAGGCCAGGAUCUUAACUCCUUUGUUUUGUUUUUCAUACAGCCAUUCCCUCAGUAUGUAAAAGGCUUGAAAGAGGGAGGAACAUGCAACAUCUCUCCCUCUUCUAUCUUCUAUUUCCAAAUGCAAGAAAGGUUUGAAAUGAAGCAAGAAGAUGAAAGCCUCUACGUUUUGAGUUGUGAGGAGAAGCCUUGGUUUAAAUGCCAAACAGGGGACACCUCCAAACAGACUGAGGAUUAUGAAGCAGUUGGUUCUCUGUGGUACAGGGGACUUGGAGCUGCUUCAAAUAUUUUUUUGAACUCCAACUGCUCAGGUGAUGAGACUUGCGACGCAAAAACUCUUGAUGUGGGUGGGAGUGGGGAUGCUGGGGGAAAGGAUAUUUCAUGUUUUCUUUGCCUGCUCAUUUGAGUUACCCCCCACUCCAUCUUGUUUCUCGACUUUUGAUUAAAUGAUAUGUUUUUGAUGUAUUGUGAUCUAUGUAAAUUAUAAACAUACUUAUCAAUCUAUUAGUUUAUAUACAAAUCCAGCUUUACCUUUCCCCAACUCCAUUUUGAAAAUAUUUUGUCAAGAAAUGCAUAAGUGAUUAGCAAAGAAAUGCCAGAUGAACUUUGGCAAUUGGGGCAUAAUUGAUUGCUAGUUGGUCUUAAGGUUAGCCUAGUUAAUGUCCAGCCUAGGAUUUGUACUUGUGUUGUUGGGGUUUGCCCCAGUUGGCCUGGGCUUGCCUGGUAGAGGUAUGCAAGAAAUGAUCAACUUCCAGGAAUGCAGUAUUUGUUGAUGGUGUCCAGCUAGCCCAGACUCUGCCAUUCAGUUCUAUGAAAUACUGAGUUGUAAUUUUGCUUUCUGUUUCAAAGUGUAUAAAGCAGCAAGAUGGCAGGGCAAUUUUAAGGGAGAGAAAUAUUCACUUUUUUCUUCCCAGGUAUAGUCACAGGCCCAUCAUGAUAUACAAUGGUGUAGGGUGCCGAUGUGCUAGCAGACUCUCCAGUUGGGAGUAGGUUUACCAUUCUGAAUUUGCCUACAAGGGUCCCCAAUGAGCAGGAAUUGGUCUUUACCAACUGGUUUGAGAGAGCAGGUUCUUCAUUGUCCUUCAGAACAUGCAGAUCGAUGAAGAUGAUAUGAAAGGCCUCAAGCUCAUGGCUUGGAGUGAAUGCCAUCAACCCUGGUGUUAUGCAAGAUUCAUUCAAAUGGGAGCUCUUUCUUGAAUUUUAGUCCAGUGGGCAAGUAUUUGAGCCUGGCUAGCUCUGGUUUCUUGCAGCUGCAGCAGAAACUGCUGAUAGCCCCUGGAACUUUCAUGAAAACAACUUAAUGGUAGGAGAUUGUUCAAUGGCUCAGUGGACAAUUAAGUUUCAUACUUCAAAAUUGGUUAAUUCUUCUUUCCACUUCCCCACUUAUUGAGGGAGUUUAAUGUCAUACAGGAAAUAAAUAAAUAAAUAAAACUUCGGCUUGUCCAGCGAACAUCUUUCUCUGCUGCAACAUUUGUGUGUCUCAGUUUACUAUGAUCAGUGCCCCUCUAAGCUUUCUUCAAUUGUUUCCCCUGAGUUUCAAAUGCUUUGUCCAACAUACACCUCCCCUUGCCAGCCACCCUCUCCCAAUCUUCUGCCCAGCUCACCAGCAAACAAAAAACUUAUAGUUUGCCACAUAACCCAUCAUAUCACUUGGAGCUGAGAUGGAUACGGUGGUUUGGUUUUGAUUGGACUGAUGUGUCAAUCUCCCAUUUGGUAAGAAAAUCUCUACAAAUGCUCACGAUCCACUUUUUCUGACCUAUUAUAAUCCAUUGAUAGCAAAUGACUAGCAUAUCAGGGAAUGAUAUUGAGCAUAUGACAGAAAGUUCCAUUGAAAGCAACACCUUUCCAAUAUUAUACUAUUUUUAUUUCUAUUCUUCAGCACACACUUUUAAUUUUUUUUCUAUUUGUUAUUUGAGAAGUUUGAUGAUAUCCAAUAUGAAAAAACUUGCAGUAAAAACUAACCACCCAUGCAGCAUAAGAAAAUGUUUUUAAAAACUGGGAUCAAUGAGGUAACAGUGUAUAUAACAAGAUUUUCUAAGUAUAGCAACACUGUGAGAUCCAAUCAAGAUACCAAGGUCUGAAAGACAUUAAAGAUGAUGAGAGAGAAAGCAUCAGUAGAUGACAGAGUCAAUAAACAGAGGCCAAAAAUCCUCUUCCCUUUUCCUUCCCAGAAGAAUUGGGCAAACCUCCUACAUUCUGAGACUGAGACAAUGUUGUAAGAGAAUAAAGAAAGAAUUGAAAAUUUGCUCAGGGCAGUGUGGGUGCCUGGAGGCACUGCCAGUGAGAUAACUAGUUCAGUUACUAUAUUUGAUAAAGCUUUCCAGCAAGAACCACUGUCUAAAAAUCAUACUCGAGUGGCAAAGUCUGCAUUUUUGUGGGAUAAAAAUAGACUGAGGAUCUCUCAGCAGGAGAGGCCUGAGAAAAUGGUCUUUUCAAAAGUCUUUAGAAAGUACACCAAAAGUUAGAAUAUUCUUUAAAACAAUGGUAUGUGCACACUUUGAGUCAUGUUUUAUUUAUGGAGAUGGUGUCUGAGUUGGGUUCUGAAAUGUGGCCAGCAUGCAAGCAUUGAAAUGGAUACUGUCUACUCUCUGAUUGAAUCAGUUUCAGAUAAAAGUCUAUUUUGAAAAAUCUUGAUUAGUUACAGGUUUGAAAGUGUUUCCACACUACUCUGAUUCCUAUCCUGAUGCAAUUAAAUACUGACGGGCCCAUUUAUUCCAGGACAGGUGAUCCAUUUGAUUGGCUGAAUGACAAAAAUUUAGUGAAUGAAAAAACAAUUAAUAAACACUCCUUCCUUACAGACGCAGCUGGUAUAAGGCAAAGGACUGCUGGAUGUGCAGAUAUACAGCAUUGCAAAACACAACUGGACAAAGAUACAAUAAUGAAUGAAACAGACCUACAGUACACAUGCAGAUGCACAAACAAACAUUCACAUACAAAUAUAUAACAUGGUUUGAUAUUAUUGCUCACAUAGAUAGGCACUUUUUCACAUUACAUGCACAUGAAGAUCAAGUCUGUACCUAUGAAUACAUACCAGAUGGGAACAUGUGAUUUCCUACAUCCAUCUCUCGACAAUUGCCCCCUGCCCUCGAGUAGUUGGAGCAGCCAACAAUGACUCGGGGAAUGAGGCAAUCCUGCAUCCUGCAUUAGUAGAUCGUGUCAAUUGAGCAAGUUUGUGUUGCACUGGGUUGUCAAGUUUCCAGAGUGUCACAUCAUGAGUUAGGAAGUGAUCACAAUCACACUUUCACUCCAGCAAAAGUACAUUUCCCAUCACAUAACACUGAAAGAAACAGCAAUAUACAAUUGAAUUUCUGGGCAUUGAUAUCUGAAUAAGAAGUAAGUGGGAAUUCUAUUUACAAAUUUGGACCCAGUUCCACAGCUUCAGUUUGCAUUAUUCAUUCAUUGUGUUUGAGUUAUCUUGCUUAUGCCAUAGUGUGAACAAUUUUAUGCUUUUAUCAAAAUCACAUUUGAGCUCAUGCCCUCUCCCCAUAGCCCCACUGUAAAUCCUUUGUAAACAACAUACAUGCUGAGGGGUCCAAGGCUAUGUAAUACGUUGUUAUGGAAGAGAUCAUGCAUUUCAAAUGUGUUUUAUUCUGUUAUUGCCGUUCUUCCACUCUUCAUCCUGGAGUGCAUCAUGUAAUUUACAAUUGACGUCUCUGGUAAUCAAGCUGAGAUGAGGAAUUCAGCAUUAAAACAGAUACUUCUCCCCCGUUAUUUGAUCUUCUGGGAGGAUUCCUAAAGGUGGUAGUGCAACCUGCCAAAUCCAAAGUCUACGAACUGCAAGUUUCUCAGAUUGGAGUUGGAUUGAGGGAACUUAAGAAUUUCAGUUUAUCCUUGUAAAUGUUUCAUUAGAUGCAAGCAUUUUAUUCCUCCUCUAUACUCUUCCUUCAUCCUGUAUCCUCAUGUUAAUGAAAUGGAAACUUGUUACAGCCCCUCUAGUUUCCCUCAUUCUAAUUUUUUUUAAGUACUGGGAAAGAAUUUCUAACUCCUUCAUCCAUACUCC